AUGAGGUUCGGUCGAGACUAUCACCAACGCUUUGUGCCAGAUUGGUCUGGGUUUUACGUUCGAUAUGAUUUGAUAAAAUGCCAGUUGAAAUCUACAACUCACGCGUUUGACAGUUCGCUACAGCUACUCUCCGAUGACAUUGGUGCCUUCAUUUCGUUUCACGUUGAUCGAGUAACCGAUCUUGCUUAUCGGGAGGCUAGCCUUUGGACGUUAUUCGACGAGUCUCAACAAACUGGAGUGUUCCACUCUUAUGAGCGCAAAUUUCUGGUCAGCGAGUUCAAUAGCUUGGUUCAGGAGUUGCUCAAAAUCCAAUGGUUCGAUCGGGUUAAUCAAGAAGCCAUUGACAGACUCUUCCAAAAGUUCCAUCGCGUUGCAUCACAGAGCGGGUCGAGUCAUGAUGCCUUUGCAUCCCUUAGAACGCGGUGGACUCGGAUAAAGCAGACCCAGCAGCUUAACUUGAGUGAAAUCGAGAAUCGACUGCAGAGCAACAUUGCGCGUGAGAAGAAAAGACGGGAUACAGAUGAAUGGACUGACUCAUCACUGCCCACCGCAGUGCGGGGAUUAUCGGUGGAUGGUCCCCUAUUCCGAGAUGCUCUGUACAAAGCUCUUAAUGGAACCGAGCCAGAUGCUUCAACAGAUUUGUUGGCGCUAUUGACUUCGUUAUCUGAGGCUGACUUCCUCCAACUAUCUCGCUCACUAUUCGUCUUCUUCGUCAUUCGGAGAUCAUGGCGAAACGCCAUAACGCUAGUCGAGCACAUCACAUCACGAAAAAGUCUCACAUUCGCCGAAAACCACAUGCAGCUUCUAAUUACCGUGCAUUUUCAGGAAAUGAAUGAUUCGGAGGCCGGUACAAGUGCUAUCACAACCUCUAAUCGCGAUGACGUGAGAGGAGCAUUCGCUCUAGAUGUAUUUGCCCGCAUACUUCAAUCCUUGGAACCAGCGAGUACCGAGGAAUUCACCAAAGGAAAAGUUGAUGAGCGAGUGCCUUUACUGCAUUCUCUUGCUAAGCAUGGCCUAUUGGAGUGGUGCCGCCUUGCUCUGCAAAAAAUACAGGAGGCGAAGGGGAAACUAGAUGUCAAGGCCACGAUCCUCUCCAUGGAUAGAUUGAAGCUAACGCCCCUACAUUACGCUCUUAUACAUCACAAUUUUCGUGUUGUGGAUUUGCUCGUUGACAAAUUGGUGAAUAACAUAGACGAAUGCAGAGCGCCAGAUUGCCAAGCUAUCCUUGGAAGUUGUCUCAGUCUGGCAGUGGUACUUGGAAAAAAGGACGUCGUUGCUCAGAUAUCACCUUUGACGAACCUUGACAUCAGGUCUACGUAUGGAAUAAGUGCUCUCCAUUUGGCUUCACGAGAUGGGAAUGUCGGCAUAAUCGCACAUCUACUCCAAGCUGGGGCAAGUAUCGACGUGAGCGAGCAUCCAAGGGGGUGGACGCCUCUGUUCGAAGCGGCUGUGAACGGUUGCAUGGAGGCUGUUCAAUAUCUUAUUGAACAUGACGCAAACGCGACAUUGGUAGACUGCGUGGGCUGGACAGCAAAGGAGUUGGCGACGUACAGAGGCCACCUAGCCAUCGCUGAGCUUCUGGAUAGCGUUAACUCCAUCAAACACUCUCGGAACAUAAUACAUGCACCUCGCCCGACAAUUAAUCUUCUUAGUCACGGUGCUAUAAACUCCGGGGAUAUCAUCGUCAGCGUGAAUCUAGGUCCAAUGCAGGUGGGAAGGAACUCGCCAGCUGUUCAGCUGAGCUAUUUCUCAAAAGACCCUACAGGGGCGACCGAGUCUUUAUUCAACCUGAGGGUAUCAGCAGCUGGCCAGACUCAUCACAUAAGGCUUCCGAUUCUAGACGACAGGUCUAAUGUCCCGCUCGUAUUUGGGUUUCCACAAAACGCGGACCUGCACGUUGCGUUCAAGAUCUUCCGAGAUGACCCGGAGAAGGGUGAGGAAGGUAUGCUUGUCUGCGGCGGCACAGCUGUCUUGGAGAGCAACAGAUUGCUAUUCGGGCCAACAAGGCAAAGUCUUGUUAGGGAACAUACGGUGCCGGUCUUGGAUAGUAUGACGUUAGAUAUUACUGGGUCGAUACUGUUCACUUAUGUGAUCGCAAAGCCGUUCCCUCAUCUUCAGUCGCCAAAGUACAGCGUCACCGAGCUUAAUGCUAGCGAGAGUUCAGUUACAAUAAUCGGUCACAGAGGCCUGGGACAGAACGUUGAUAGUCAGCAACAUCUCCAGAUCGGAGAGAAUACAGUUGAGUCUUUUAUAGCAGCGGCGAGUGCAGGGGCAUCCUUUGUGGAACUAAUGGCGCCUUUAGAUGUUCAAGUCACGAAAGACCUUAAGCCUGUUAUUUACCACGAUUUCUCUUUGAGCGAAACUGGCACCGAUAUUCCAAUUCACGAUACCACGGUAGACCAGUAUAGAUAUACCAGUAGCAUACAGGCAUCCCAACCAGUCCCAGAUAUCAAUACAUCGGGUGAUGGCGUUAACUCAGCUUCCGCUGAGACGCGGCCACGAUCACGAUCUCUAACUAGUGGCAACGACCCUGGCGUAUUCUAUAUGCAAGACCGACUGAGACACACGGUCGACUUUAAGACGAAAGGGAUGAAGUCGAACAUUCGAGGGCGAGUUAUCCAGCAGCCCCUAGCUACGUUGAAAGACUUAUUCCACAAGCUUCCCAACGCAAUUGGGUUCAACAUUGAAAUCAAAUAUCCUAGGUUCCACGAGACGGUGGCCGCUCGCGUUGCCCCCAUCGGGCCCGAGCUCAACCUCUUCGUGGACACGGUCCUAGAACAAGUACACCUCUACGGCGGCUCCCGGCGAAUCAUACUCUCUUCAUUCACGCCGGAGAUCUGCAUGCUGCUUUCGGUGAAGCAGAAGGCAUACCCGGUAAUGUUUAUCACAAACGCAGGCAAGCUGCCGAUGAUUGACGUCGAGAGACGGGCCGCAAGCAUGCAGGUAGCGGUCCAUUUUGCGAAGCUCUGGGACCUCGCAGGCAUUGUCUUUGCUUCUGAGCCGCUGGUCCUCUGUCCGAGGCUGGUACGAUAUGUGAAGAGCUCUGGGCUGGUCUGCGCUUCGUAUGGGCCGCAGAACAGUCUACCAGAUGCUGUAAUAGCACAAGUACGGGCUGGGAUAGAUAUAUUGAUCGUGGACAGAGUAGGAUUGGUUGCGAAGACACUGAAAGAGUUAACUCCCUAG